GGUUGGGAUUGUCUGACUGGAAUAGGCGCCGGGCUGUGGAUGACCUCGUCGGCUGGCCACCUGAGCGUGAUGGGGGCACCCAAGGGGUGGGAGGAGGCUUUCACAUGCGAGAGGGUGGCGCUGGCUACAGCGCUUGGGGGAGAAAGACAUGGAAAUGGAAGGCGAGUAAGGCGAGUAAGGCAGGAAGGGAAGAGGCGAGAGCGAGAGACGGCCCAGUCACAAGACCCUGACUACAAGGACUAG